AUGCAGCUGGAAGAAUCUCCGCAAUGGGGCGGCAAUGCGGAACCGCAACGCCGCAACGCGGAAAUGUGCUUUACGGACUUAGCUUCCUUUGCCCCGGAUUUCUCAUGCAUGAUCCCGCGCCUUUCCCCGCACUCAACCCCCACCGACGCUGAUGUGCAAACCAAAAGGUACCCGGAACGAUGGCCCUUUGACUCUUUGGCUGCUGGCAUCUAUGCAUUCCAUCCAAUGCCCAAACCUUUGGGUCUCUACCAAAGCUUGGAGCAACCUCGCAUAGUCUCUAGAUCUUGGGGGACCAACCAUCCCUUACCAACCCUGCGACCUCAAGUGCGGAGAAGCUCCGUCUUAGUUGACGACAAGCUGCGUCAACGCCCCUCAGUCUGGGAGCGCGUCCAACUUGGCAGAAAUAUCCUGAAGCUCUAUGAUUUGCCCGCUGGAUCAGCCUUGAAUCCCCCAGUUGCCCCGUUCCCCCGCAUUCGAGGAAGCCGGUUGCGCGCUAUCGUCUGCAACUGA